GCCGUUCCUUGCGGAUGUGUUGGUGUCCUGUGUGUGUUGCAUCCUGCCCACGUGGUAGGGUGUCCCGUCCCCCCCAUCCUCUCCAUUUUUGCAGCUGGUGAAGAGGGAGGUUAACGGGAUGGUUUUUCCUUUGGUGAUUUCCUACGGGUGAUGUGGAAAGUGCUAAGAUUCUCUUUGUGGCCAGAUGGGUUUGUAUGGACAGACUUGUCCAUCUGUAACUUCAUUAAGGAUGACAUCUGAACUGGAGAGCAGCCUAACAUCUAUGGACUGGUUACCACAGCUCAUCAUGAGAGCAGCCAUCCAAAAAUCUGAUGCGGCACAAAAUGCACACGGAACAGGAAUUUCUAAGAAGAAUGCACUCCUUGACCCAAAUACAACUCUAGACCAGGAAGAAGUUCAACAGCACAAAGAUGGGAAACCUCCAUAUAGUUAUGCCAGCCUCAUUACAUUUGCUAUUAAUAGCUCACCCAAAAAGAAAAUGACUUUAAGUGAAAUUUACCAGUGGAUUUGUGAUAACUUCCCAUAUUAUAGAGAGGCUGGCAGUGGUUGGAAGAAUUCCAUACGUCAUAAUCUGUCACUCAACAAAUGUUUCCUUAAAGUGCCUCGAUCCAAGGAUGACCCCGGAAAGUGUUUCCUGGCAGUUGAGGAGCUUUUCCAAAACCACCCUCACCACAGUGGGAGAAAACCAUUGAGCCAAGGUACCCAAGCACAAGAAAGUCUUCUGGUACCAUAUAUCCUUAGAUCAGCCAGGCUGAAUUCGUUCGUUAGUGAGAACAGAAGAGAAAAGGGUUUUCAGCCCGUGCACCAGCUGGCUUAUGGCAAGACGUGAUUUCUCUUCUGGCUGAAUCUCUUCCGGAUCCAGAUGGCAGAGCCUGCUUCAUGGGAAGACCAGAGUCAGUGAAUCUUAAAAUGUUCUUUUUGUCUUUUGGAUAUUUGAUCCCAUUACCCUAAAUAAUGAUUUUUGUAUUUGAACCUAAAUACCCUAAAUAAUGUUUAUUUUACUUCUCUACUUAUUCUACUCCACCGAAAUUUCUUAUAACUCAGGGACCAAUCAGAAGACAAGCCACACAUUAAUGUGAACAAGAAAAUUUCAACAUAAAGAGUUAAUAGGUGUUAGGGUUUAUGUUUAGAUGUCCCCCCGAAGUUUCAUGUGGUGAAUGGUGGAGCUUUUUCAGAGGUGGCUGGAUCUGGAGUGCGUGAUACUGGAAUUGAUUCAUGGUGCAAUGCAUGGUGCAAGGGUACUAGGAUUAAGAGUGUGAGUGCUACACAUCCCGGGUAGCCUGGAUAAGAUAAAAGGGCCCGGGGAACACUGAUAAGGUCCCUUGAUUGCUUGCUUUUGCUGUCUUCUACCUGCCACAACUGUUUCUCCUCUCAGAUGCCUGUCUACUGUACCACCCGGGCUUGGAGCCAGCCAAUUUUAGACUCUAGAAAUAAAGUUAAUACUUAAAUAAAUCUUUCUCCUUUAACUCUGGGUGUCAGGUAUUUUGUGUCAGCUAUGAGGAAAGUAAGACAAUAGGAAAUUGCAGAAGUAGAAGGAUUAGCUUGUACAAGGUACAGACAACUGUACCAGCCUCAUGCCAGGCACUUUUCUAGAUGCCAGAGGAUGCACAGUGUGCCAAAAGUCUCUGCCCUCACAAAUUUAUGGAGAGAAAAAAAAAGAGAUGUACAAAUAGCUACAACAAAAGUGAGGGGAAAAUUACAAAAAUCAUAGACUCCAUGUACAUCCAUCACCCUGCUUUCUUUAAUUAUCUUUAUUUUAAAAUUUUCUUUACCUCCUCUUCCUUCCUCUUCUACUCUGUGUUUUUUUUACCACCUCCUUUUCACUUGCCUCCUCUAUUUCCUCUUCACUCUUCUUGCACCUCUACAGAGUCCUCAGGCUUCAUCUGGGCCCUCUCUUCCAUCCUGGGUAACAAGGCAGGUGACCCAAUGUUCUGGUCCCUGCAGACUGCUGAGGUUGGGCAGGCAGGCACCUGGGCCUGCAACAUGGAAAUGGAAUCCAUAGGUCUCUGAAGAGUCCAAACAGUUCAGAGAUGCCUGGGUUUGUGCAUGGGUACCUGUCAGGGUGAAGAAGGCUGAAAGACUAAAUUCAUGUGUGAGGUUCUCAGAGAAAACACACAGAGGCAGACAGCAACACAGCACUAGCAGGCAGUUGAGCCAGUAUCUAUUGGCUAACUCUUACGCAGGUUGUUAUCAUGUAUUUACAUUCUUAUAUAGUGGUAUACCAGUGCAUGCAUGUUUGUUUGUGCUAAGUCAUGCUUAUAUAACUGUGUGCCUGCGCUACACAAUGGGGUCAUGUCCUAACAACAAUGUCCAGAAGCAUUCUCAAGCCCCACCUCCAGCUUGGAAGCCCUUUGAAGAAGUAUCUCACAUCUUACCCCUCAAAGGUCAGGGGUAUAUAAAGGUAACAUUCUAUAUUAAGAGGGCACAAAUACCCCCUUGUAAGGCAAUUGGCAAAUCAAGAGCUGUCUGGUUUUGUAAAACUACCUUUCUCAUCUGAGAAGUUUUAUCCAUGAGCAACAUCAAAGCCUGAUGGGUAACAUUUAAGGCCUGGCCAUAUGUUGAGCAAGGGCUUCACUAGAAGGUAGGUCUAGUGGCUAGGGAUUUAGCUCGGCGGCAUAAGCGCCUGCCUUGUAAGCAGGCAGUCGUGAGUUCAAUCCCCGGUACCGAUAAAAAGGAAAAAGACGAAAAAAAAGAAAGUAGGUCUAGGGUCCCAGCCCCUGGUCAGACACUGUUGCUAGCAGUCAAUCCCUAUAACAGUCAAUUUUCUUGGUCAGAUGCUAUUCCUAGCAGUCAACCACUGUAAUUCCUGGUGAAGGCAUCUGCUAAGUCAUUUCCUGGUGAGAGAAAAUAAUACACCACAUAGUCAGUUUCUUGGCCACACUCCCAUAUGUCUCACCAUAGGUCUGCACCCCACAAGGGACAGUCACAUGUUGCUGCCCAAGCUGACAGCCACAGCAUCGGUCCCCUAAACACAGUCCAACUCUCUGUGCACACAUGUAAGGAUUCUUUUUCAUGCAUCACGAGCAAUCAGGCUGCCUGCAACUCUGCCCAUUGGCUUGACCUGCCUAUUUCGGUUCCAAAUCAGAGCAUUUUCACAGUGCAUUGGACAGUAACUAUUGUCCAUUAUGGUAUUGUGUCACAGCUAGACCCAUGAGUAUAAAGGGCAUGAGCCAAUGGUCCCUCUUUCCCUUCCACAUAGCAAGUAGGAGUCACAUCCUGUAGUCUGUCCUCCUGAGUGGAUUCUUGAGCUGAGUAAACCAGGGGUCCUAAAACUGUUGCCAGUUCAGCUGCCAAUGAGCUGGCUGAAAAAGAGGCCUGCUGUUGGAGAUACAUCACCCAGUGAGUAAACGUGAGAGCCCGCAUCACCCCAUUCCUGGAAUAGGACAUCCAUGUUUGUACCCAGCCCUUUAUCUGUCCCAUGAUUCCUAACAGGCAUGUAGAGUGGCAUGUACUGCUGCUAACUGCUUCUCAAUCAGCAAAUACCAGCGCUCAGUUUCCUUUCCACAACUGUGACCAAAACCCAACUGUAAGUCUCCAACCUGCCCUGACUCUCCCAGCACCCAAUCUGCUUGCCAGCAGAAGCACCGAUGUCUUCAGGGAAUUCAACCUUCAAGAGGGAACCCAGCUCGGCACCCAAAACACAGGAAAGGAGAUAAGAUAGGACAAAAAAUUUUGCAGAUCCUGGAGACAUCUGGAGACACCCAAAAAUUUACAAUGGACACUGCAAAAGACUCUGCCCACUGAGAUGCAAAAUUGCCAAAAAACUUCAACCUCAGAUGUUCAUUGGGAUCUUCCCACCUAUCCCCUGCCUUCUCUCUAUCCCUGUAAAAGGGACACACUUCUCUUUAUUUGGGGCAGAAGGUCUUACUGUGCUUUCUGCCUGAACCCGGGCACAGUAAAUUCCAUGCCAUUUUGCCUUUAUACAAGCCUGACAGUCUCUGCUGUUUACUUGUGUUACAGCAACAGGGUGCUUCCCCACUUUUGUCACAGGCCCCAGCACCUCAACAUCAUCGACAAUGACUGCUAAGAUACAUGGCAGGUAGAGUCACUGAUUCAUAGGGCUGGCACCUGUGCAGCUGCCCUCUUUGAGUCCUGAAAAGUAGCUUCUGCUGUGCCUGUCAGCCACAUCAUGCCCUUCUAGGUCAUCUGUAAUUGCAGUGGGAAUUCUUUGUGUCUUCCCUGCCCAGGUAACACCCAAGAAUGUGAGAGACAAGCCUAUCCCCUGGACCUUGUCUUCAUUCACAGCCCACCACAGGCCAGCAAAGCUCCCUUCAGACAGGGCAUGGCAGCUGUCAAAUCUGCAGAGCAAUCAGAGGUUAACAUAUCAUCAUUGAAAUGGUGACAGAGUCUGGCUUGGCCUCGGUGUCCAGGUCCCGGGCCACCAAGCCAUGACACAAAGUCAGGCUUUAAUGCAAAUAACCUUGUGGCAGUAUCUGGAAGAUCCAUUGGUCCUGACUGCCAGCGUCAGGGGGAGAUUUGCCAGUUAUUCACCAUUACUUGUCCAGCUGCUGCACAGGCCACGCUGAAGGGCUCUCUGCAGGACAUACCACCCCUGCUUCUUCCAUUUGAAGACAUUUCUUUUUAACUUUAGAGAGAUAUUUAUUUGUUUCACUUAAACUGCUCACUUUGUCAGGUUAAAAAAAAUAGAGGCCAGGUCUGGGGAUUUAGCUCAGUGGCUUAGGUGCCUGCCUGGUAGGUGCAAGGUCAUGAGUUCAAUCCCCAGCACCGGAAAAAAAAAAAAAAAUAGAGGCAAACUUGUUUACAUUUUUGAAAUAGAUAAUCUCCCUAGUUCCAUUAAAAACAAUGCAAAUACAAACAGUCUGUAUAUCUUGCUGGUGAACUCACAUAAUACUUUAAUUCUCUGAUCCUUUGAUUUCAUCUUCUAGCGUUUUUUCUUCAGGGAUCAAACUCAUGACCUCACACUUGCUCAGGCGCUUAUGCUGCUGAGCUAAAGCCCUGGCCCUGAUCUGAUCUUUUGUCUGUCUGUUUGUUUGUUUGUUUGUUUGGUACUGAGGAUCAAACUCACAACCUCUGGCUUGCCAGGGAGGCGUUUAUGCCACUGAACUAAAUCCCCAGCCCUAUUUUUUUUAAGACCAUUUCUUCGUGGCCUCCUGGCAGUUGAUACUGGUGUGUGGUGUGGAUGUCCUCAGAUUCUGGUUUUUACCCCUGGAAUUUGCAAGCAGGGUUUCCCCAAGGAAGGUCUAGGCCAGCACCAGUCAUUAGAUCCAUGCCUGGUAUGUAUGCAGCAGCUGGGGAAACAAACAUCAGGAUAGGGCCGGAGCCUCAGACAAUUGGGAGUUCUUAAGGCCUGAUCCCAGGCACUGACUUAGCAGUGGCAACGCUGAGCCCCUGUGGCUUGUUCAUCACCACUAGAGGUCGUCUCUGUUUCAUCACAAGGUGUGCAGCCCUCAACUCUUAACCCCAGCAUCAGCGCCUUGUGGCAAUCUUGGGGCUGCAUGCAACUUCCUGGCACCAAGCCACAAGGGCCUAAUGCUCUGUGUCCUUUGGGCCAGGCUGUUCUCCUCUCCGUUUUUCCUCUCCCAGCACCCUCCCGGGACGUGCUGUCCCGGUCUUGGCUGUAUUUUAUGUCCAUGGAGCCUCUGCCAGCCUGCUGUGCACUGCUGCCCAGCCUGGGGCAGGGCACAAGGUCCUCCCAGCUUCCAAGGGCCAUGGCCUGAGGUUACAGCUAGGGCCCAGGUAGCUAUGCCUCUGCCUUGUGCCAGCGGGAGGCAUGCUCCACCUGAAGCCCCCUCCACAGCUCCACACUCUCUCAAACCAGCCUCCUGGCUCUUGGGUCUCCAGCUUUUUCAGCCUCCAGCUGAGCCUGUAGGGCCCUGGAGCUGUCAAGAUUGUCCUCUUAUAUUUUGCCUCUCAUAUUCUGGUUCGGAGCAGUCUCCUAUGGAUCAGGAGACUUAGGUUUCACCAAAGGAUCAACUGAGUCUGUUGGGGCACAAUUAUAAGGUAAGAACACAUUUAUUUUAUUUUUUUUUUUAUGAUGCCAAAGUUUUUAUUUUAGACUUCUUAGCAAAGAAUAUGGCCAUAAAUUCAACCGACUCAUCUACAAAUCCUCUAAAUUUCCUCCUGGAGAACAGAAAGGCACUUGGCACUUCUUGGAUAUUAUUUUAUUUGCUUAUAUAGUUAUGCUAGCAAAAUUGUGGUAACUACAGAAGAAAAGAACACAUUUAUAAAAUAGCAACCUUAUAGGUAUUUCCUGAUCAUUUAGAGGUCUCUGAUCGAGUUUCUGUUCUGCUGUUUCUGCUGAAUUCAAUUGAUUUCGAUAGUAUCCAAAGUCCAGCUACACAUCUCUGAUAAAUGAGUCAGAGUAACUGUCCAUACCCUAAGGCACCGUGGGCUAAUUCAAGGACAUUUUUAAUUAUGCUCACUCAGUAAGGGCCUCCUCCCCUGUUCCCAGGUGUUUCUAUAUUAUGAUAAACAAUUCCUUCAUUUCAACAAAUCUGUUUAAGAUUAGCCUGCCUGUCAGUGUGACUCAAUGGGGCCAGAGUAGCUCAGAGAUAUAAACUCAGAGGUAAAAGACCCUGCCUGCCUGGCAAGCGCAAGAUCGUGAAUUCAAUCCCCAAUAUCCCCCCGCCCCCUAAAGUGAUUCAAUGCAUGUAAUGAAUUAUGCAAUGUUUUCUCACUUACUUUGUA